AGUCUCUGGUCAUCCCUGUGCUGUCCGCAGUCUCUGGUCAUCCCUGUGCUGUCCGCAGUCUCUGGUCAUCCCUGUACUGUGUCCGCAGUCUCCAGUCAUCCCUGUACUGUGUCCGCAGUCUCUGGUCAUCCCUGUACUGUGUCCGCAGUCUCUGUCUCUGGUCAUCUCCUGUACUGUGUCCGCAGUCUCUGGUCAUCUCCUGUACUGUGUCCGCAGUCUCUGGUCAUCUCCUGUACUGUGUCCGCAGUCUCUGGUCAUCUAUCUCCUGUACUGUGUCCGCAGUCUCUGGUCAUCUCCUGUACUGUGUCCGCAGUCUCUGGUCAUCUCCUGUACUGUGUCCGCAGUCUCUGGUCAUCUCCUGUACUGUGUCCGCAGUCUCUGGUCAUCUCCUGUACUGUGGCCGCAGUCUCUGGUCAUCCCCUGAACUGUGUCCACAGUCUCUGGUCAUCUCCUGUACUGUGUCCGCAGUCUCUGGUCAUCUCCUGUCAUCUCCUCACAGCCAAGGUGGCUCACCGCUCCCUCUCUCCAAGGUUCUGGUAUGGCUCCCCAGCACUACAUAGCAUUUGUUUCAUC